AGAAAUUUUGGUAAAACACUUAUUGGCCGAAAUAUCGGUCAAUGACGUCCUAACUAUCACCAUCGUUAAUUCCAAGGGUCUUCUCAUCCUUUUAAUGUCUUCUUCUCCCCACUCAAAGCUCAGGUAAGUCAGAUCCUCCAUUCAGUCUCUCUUAAUCGCUGCGAUCCGAAUGGUGCUUGAGAUGGAGUCGAUGGCAACGGCAAUCGGCGUCUCCGUGCCGGUGCUCCGCUUUCUGUUAUGCUUCGUGGCCACGAUUCCGGUGAGCUUUGCAUGGCGGUUUAUGCCGGGCCCGGCGGCGAAGCACCUGUACGCCGCUGCAUCCGGGGCUUUCCUUUCCUACCUCUCCUUCGGAGCCACUUCCAAUCUUCUCUUCAUCUUUCCAAUGACGUUUGGAUACACUUCCAUGCUCCUCCUCCGACGCUAUGCUGGCAUAUUCACCUUCUUUGCCGGAUUUGCUUACCUCGUUUCAUGCCAUGUGUACUACAUGAGUGGAGAUGCAUGGAAGGAUGGUGGCAUUGAUGCAACUGGAGCAUUAAUGGUGCUGAUAUUAAAAGUCAUUUCAUGUGCUAUUAACUACAGUGAUGGGCUACUGAACGAUGAAAGCUUGACGGAGUCCCAAAAGAAAAAUCGGCUAGUUCAUCGCCCCACUGCAAUUGAAUAUAUUGGCUACUGCCUCUGUUGUGGCAGUCAUUUUGCUGGGCCCGUAUAUGAAAUGAAGGAAUACCUCGAAUGGACAGAAGGUGAAGGAGUAAGUGCAAUCUGGUCAAGUCCAAAGGGUAAAUCUUCACCAUCACCUUACAGAGCAAUGUUUCGUGCUAUAGUCCAGGCCGCUAUAUGCAUGGGCAUCUACUUGUACCUUGUUCCACAUUUUCCUCUUACCCGAUUCAAUGAACCCGCAUACAACCAGUGGGGUUUCUGGAAAAGGUUAUUUUACCAAUAUAUGUCAGGCUUUACUGCUCGUUGGAAGUACUAUUUUAUUUGGUCAAUCUCAGAAGCUUCAAUAAUCAUAUCUGGGCUGGGGUUUUCUGGCUGGUCAGAUUCUUUUCCUCCCAUAUCACUCUGGCAUCGUGCUAAAAAUGUUGAUAUUUUUGGAGUUGAAUUAGCGACUAGUGCAGUUCAGUUGCCGUUGGUGUGGAACAUACAAGUCAGCACCUGGUUACGUCACUGUGAGUUUCUGCAAUUAUCUUAAAAUAAAUGAACUUGU